UUUUCAUAUAUUCUUCUCUCUCUGUAACCUUUCCGUUUCCAUUUGCAGAGACAGAAAGGAGAGAAUUUCUCUUUCCUUUUUUAUUUAUAGCAAAAAAAAACUUUACAAAUAUAAAUAAAUCAAAUAGCAAUCCCAAAAGAGACAUAACAGUUUUGUUUUCCGAAAGAGUUUUCUCUCUGUUUCUGUCUAAAGAAGUCAUGUCGGACAAAGGGCGUCCUCUUCCUAAGUUUGGUGAGUGGGAUGUAAAUGAUCCAGCUUCAGCUGAGGGAUUCACAGUGAUCUUUAAUAAAGCUCGAAAUGAGAAGAAAGGUGGCAAGAUAGACUCCCCACCAAAGGGUGAUUCUGCAUACAAGAAUAAAGCAAUGCUUGGAAAACCUCAAUCGAAAAAAUGGUUCUGUUGUAUGCAAUCUACUGCGACCGAAUCAUGAACUGUCUUGGCUCCUACAUGCUGCAGUGGAGAUGUUGGUUGAAACCUGAUGCUGCGAGUGCGCUAGAACACUGGACUGUAGUCAAGAUCUGAUAAGGAAUACUGGGAUUUUUGCUGUUGUAUUUUGGAAUAUUUGCUCAAAUUGCAGGCUUUUGCUGCCAAAAUAUUAAUGAUCUAUAUUUGUUUAUUUUUUUUAAUCUCAAGUUCUUAACUACAUCAUUGCUCCUAUUAUCUUGAUUUUCUUGCCAAGGCUAAGGAGGGAUUGGUUAAUCUUAAUUGA